AUGUCGGAAGCUGCCGGUUGUUCUCCAUUUGUUUUACUCUGCAUUAGAGGAGCAAUUUGUUUAAUUUCUCUGGAGUUUAACCUUGCUGACUGUGAUGGAAAAGCACCUGCAAAUCUUGCGUUCAGUCAGAUCACUGUAACGAAGAGGAGUCCCCCUCCACCUCGAAACACCAGUGCCUCAGCUGAUCACGGUCGUGACCAGGUCUCUGCCAACCGAUCUACAGUCUGGCAAAGUCAUCCACUGGCCCACCAAGUCCAGGGUUGCACAGGUUUAGGUGGCCGGUGUGUCCAGGUCCAGGUCCAGGCAGUGAUUGUGGACACCUCCUCCAUCCUGACUGGGGGCAGCGGUUCCUCCCCGGUUGGUCUGCCUCUUGGUCCGGCCCUCUGUGGGGUGGAAAAAAGAGACUUCAGGUUGUGUGUUUCAGCACAACGGCUGCAGCCUCGCGGGACCUGGAGACGCAAAUACACAUAUGUGCUGAGAGACGGCGUCAGAAGUAGCAAAGAAGAGAAAGCCUCAAAGGCCGCACAGCAACAGACAGCAGACAGGAAUCGAAGGGGGGAGCCCGGGGUGGCAGAGCUUCUAACUAAGACAGAACACUUCCCCUCACAGACAAGUGACAUUACCAAGGCCAGCGAUGCGCGACUAAAGCCUCAUAAUUGUUUGGGUUUCCUUUAUUAUUCACUCUUUUACUGCUAAGCGCCCAUAUGGAAAAGAAAUUACACUCACUCAGAGACGUGUUAUGGAAUAUGAAAUAUAGAGAAGCACUCAAAUUAGGGCCCGGUUCAUUUAGGCAUUACGACAGAAGACAUCCUUGUAACACCAAGUGUUGAGCAGGAGGAAGAUUCCCCGGGGGGGUGGCGGGGACACCGUGUUGCCGCCAUUUAUCCUUGUUAAAAUUUCAAUAACACGAGUGUCUUGCACAUGACACUUUUCAGUGGGCUCAUCAAUACCAAUGGGAUUUGUGUGAGUUUAACUGUAGAUACUAUUUUUCAUCAGGGAAUAUUACCGCAUCAUAUUACUCAUUCCAAAGGACUUUCCUACAUUCUGCGUUUCAGUCUUUAUUAACAAGCCAUCAGAUCAGAGUCGUCUUACACUCUCAAUAAUGUAUUUGUACUGUAAGAUAAAGACAGGGCGGGACUAUACUGACGACAGAGUCAUAAGAGGUUAAUUGGAUACACUAUAUUCUCAGGAUAUAAAUUACGAUGCAAACAUGUUUUCCCAGUAAUUUAUCUUGAAGUUUCAA